AUGACGUGCGUCUGCCGGUACCGCAAACAACUACACCGCCGCGCAGCCACACCUGCACCGGGCCGGGUUCGUGUUGCCACCAGCCCGGGCACCUCCGCGCCGCCCCGGGGCCCCCGGGCAAACCCGCCCCGGGGUUCCCACGCGCUCGGGCCGCCCCCGCCCGCCCCCUCCCCGCACACCGACCUAUGUCACGGCGGAGGCCGGGCGGCCGCCGGGGACCCCCCGCGCUUCCCGGCGGCGGCGGGCGCAGCCCCGGCUGGGCGGGCGGCGCGGAGGGAGCGGCCAGGAUUCCGGAGCGGAGCCCACCCCCCCGGGGGAGGGGGGGAAGGGGCCCGGGGCCUGCCCGCGCCGGGGCACGGCGGGGACGGUGACAGGCGGCGCCGAGGCCGGCGCGGAAGGAGCGAGGCCACUCGGCAGGCGGAGGGGAGCGGGGCAGGUGCCUCGGGGCGCUGCGGCCGCGGCGGGGCCGGGCCGGGCCGGGCCGGGGGUCGCGUCGGGCGUGAAGCGCCGCGGCUGCCGCUGCUGCCGCCCGCGAGCUCCGCCCCGUGCGCGCCGGGCCCCGUGACGGGGCGGGAGCGCGAGGCGUCACCGCGCGGCCGCGUCACCGCGACGGGACGGCGCGCGCCCGGGGGCCGCGGGGGGGCGUGCGCGCUGGACCCUCGUCCCCGGUUCGAGUCCCGCCCCGGACCCUCCGCCGCACCCCUGGGCCGAGGGCACCGGGGCCGUGAGGCUCCUGCCGCUGCCGCAGCGCCGUCUGGAGCGGCUGCCGGUCCCGGACAGGCGAGUGCACUGAAGAAGACAGUGUUCAAGACCAACCGAUGAAACACAUCCAAGAAAGGCACAAGGCACUGAAUCACUGAUUCCAGAGCCAUCAUGCAGGAAACAUUGUCAUCUCAAAGCUAAGACACUUCGCUCCAGAGUUGGG